GAAAUAAGCUGCAGAAAGUUGUAGACUUAGUCAGCUCCAUCAUGAGCACUAGCCUUCAUAGUAUCCCGGACAUCUUCAAGGACCGAUGCCUCAGAAAGGUGGCUUCCAUCAUUAAGGGGCCCUCAUCACCCAGGUCAAGCCUUGUUCUCAUUGCUACCAACAGGAAGGAGGUACAGAAGCCAGAAGGCACAGACUCAAUGAUUCAGGAACAGCUUCUUCCCCUCUGCCAUCCGAUUUCUGAAUGGAAAUUGAACCCAUGAACACUAGUUCACUACUUUUUAUUUCUGUGUUUGCACUACUUACUUAAUUUAUAUAAAGCGCGCACGUGCGCACACAUACACACGGUAAUUCAUAUUUUUUCUAUUGUUAUGUAUUGCAUUGUACUGCUGCCACAAAAACAACAAAUUUCAUGGCAUAUUCCAAAGAUUUUAACCUUGAUUCUGACUCUGAAGUGCUGAGAUAGAAAACUAAAGGGACAGUCUUAUGAAACCUUUGGUCACAACCUUUGGACUGAGCAGAGGCAUUCCACAAAGCCUUGACUAAUUUCUUUGUGUGUUCUCCAGUAUAGAGAAGACUGUUUUGCACCAGAAUUACUGUUUCACUUGCAAGGUCAGUUUCAUUGACUGGAUGUUAGGAAGAAACAAGGUACGUGGGCAGAUAUUACAUUGAUUCCGAUAAGGACUGAAUUCUAUUCUCCCAUUUCUUGCUCUCCAUCAUGGCUGUUCUGACGAUGAAACUUUACACACUGAAGCGGUCCAUGGCCUCCUGUUAUGCCACAAUGAGGCCACCCUCAGGGUGAAGGAGCAACAGCUUAUAUAUAGCCUUUAACCUGAUGGCAUGAAUAUUGACUUUUCUUCCCAACAAAAAAUUCCCAACCCCUUCCCUCUUUUUCUAUUCCCCAUUCUGGCCUCUUACUUCUUCUCUACCUGCCUAUCACCUCCCCCUGAGUCCUCUCCUGCUUCCCUUUCUCAUAUGUCCACUUUCCUCUCCCCUCAGAUUCCUUCAUCUCCAGCCCUUUACCGUUCCGACUCACCUGGCUUCACCCAUCACCCCUCCUCAAAUCUGGCAUUUCACUCACUGAUUCCUAUAUGGACUAUAUUCUAUUCUGGCAUCUUCCCCCUUCCUUUCCAGUCCUGAAGAAGGGUCUCGGUCCAAAACGUCAGCUCUUCGUUCAUUGCCACGCGUGCUGCCAGACCUGCAGAGUUCCUCCAGUAUUUUGUGUACGUUGCCUCAGGUUUUCACUUUCUUCCAAAGGUGCCCUCGAUUGUCCCGGAGAGCUGUGUGCUGGUGUGUGUGGGCCUCGUGGUCGGAGGUCUGAUAAAGGGUGUAGGAGUCAAUCCACCUAUCCUGAAGGCAGAAGUGUUCUUUUUCUUCCUCCUUCCCCCCAUCAUUUUGGACGCCGGCUACUUCUUGCCAUUCAGACCAUUCACAGAGAACCUGGGAACGAUACUGAGCUUUGCUGUGAUCGGAACGCUGUGGAAUGCAUUUUUCGUUGGAAUGCUGAUGUACGCAGUGUGCCAGUUUGUCGGGAACGAUCUGGAAAAUAUCAGCCUGUUGGCCUGCCUGGUUUUUGGCAGCAUCACUUCAGCUGUGGAUCCCGUGGCGGUGCUGGCUGUCUUCGAAGAGAUUCACAUCAACGAGUUGCUGUACAUCCUAGUGUUUGGAGAGUCCUUGCUCAAUGAUGCAGUGACUGUGGUGCUUUACCACCUCUUCGACGAAUUUGCUCGUGCCAAUACAAUCGGAGCCAAGGAAGUGGUCUUCGGAUUCCUGUCAUUUUUUGUGGUGGCUCUUGGAGGUGUCCUUUUUGGAAUGUUCUUUGGAAUUUUGGCUGCCUUUACCUCCCGCUUCACAUAUCGCAUUCGUGUUAUCGAGCCUCUCUUUGUUUUCCUCUACAGUUACAUGAGUUACCUGUGUUCGGAGCUCUUCCAUCUUUCAGGAAUCAUGGCCCUCAUUGCCUGCGGUGCAGUCAUGCGGCCUUACGUGGAGGCAAACAUAUCUCAUAAAUCACACACCACCAUUAAAUACUUCCUGAAGAUGUGGAGCAGUGUCAGCGAGACGCUCAUCUUUAUCUUCCUGGGUGUGUCCACUUUUGCUGGGCAACACGAUUGGAAUUGGAUCUUUGUGAGCAGCACAGUGAUAUUCUGUCUGAUCGGACGGGUCCUGGGUGUUCUGGGUCUGUCUGUAAUACUUAACAGAUUCCGCAUUGUGAAGCUCACGCCCAAGGACCAGUUCAUAAUUUCAUAUGGGGGCCUACGAGGAGCUAUCGCCUUUUCACUUGGCUACCUGCUGGACGAAGAGUUCCCUCGAAACAUGUUCCUCACUGCCAUUAUUACUCUCAUCUUCUUCACUGUCUUUGUACAGGGGAUGACCAUUCGACCGUUAGUUGAAUUGCUUGCUGUGAAAAAGAAACAAGAUACCAAACGUUCCAUUAAUGAAGAGAUCCACAUCCAGUUCCUGGAUCAUUUGCUGACUGGUAUUGAAGAUGUAUGUGGACAUUACGGACAUCAUCACUGGAAAGACAAGCUGAGCCGGUUUAAUAAAAAAUAUAUUAGGAAAUGUUUAAUUAGCGGCGAAAGAUCCAAGGAACCACAGCUUAUUGCGUUUUAUCACAAAAUGGAGAUGAAAAAUGCGAUUGAGAUGGUAACGACUGGUGGCCUGCCCAAGGUUCCAACGGCAGUAUCCAUUCAGGAAAUUACAAGAAGAGGUACAGUCACUGAACGACUGCUGCCCACACUUUCUAAAGAGAAAGAGGAGGAAGUCCGGAAAAUACUUAGAGAGAAUCUCCAAAGAACAAGACAGCGGCUUCGAUCCUAUAGCAGGCAUACUCUGGUUGUUGACUCAUACGAGGACCAAUGGAGCCAAAUCGUUCUGAAACGUCAAAGAUUGCAGAACUCUGAAGCACGGAUACCUUCUCAGGUAUUAACUCAGCCUCUCGACUGGGAAUCCUCGAGGACUUCCAAUCUAAAAGUGGAAUCAGAAUCCAUGAAUAAUGAAGGCGCUGAUUCUGCAGAAAAUAUGCUAAUGGUCACUGUUAAAUUACCCUCUGAUUCCUCCUCGUCGACAGUUGACACUUUACGCAAACCUUCUGCGUUGGAGCAAGAAGAUAACAGUUUUGAUGUUAGACAUUCACAUUCGUCCAUCCCUGCUUCCUCAACCAGUCAGCGCAUCCUGCGCUUUGUGAGUGACCCGGGACCAGAUAGCAAACCUGACGACAACAACCAGUCAUAGAGCCAACCAAGAGAUGGCCACUAAGUCUCAACUCCUGCCAAUGCCAUUCGUCAGCUAAAUUAUGUUUGAAGCCUGUUUCUCACAGUGUGUUUCCAGAGAUAAAAUUCCUUGGCUGUCACCAUGUCACAGAGCAGUGUAAAUACCGAUCUUACAAUGGGGAGUAGGGGACAAAAAAAAUACUGAAAUUCUAUUUGUCGUAGGUAUAUUUUUGGUUGAUAUUAUUGAGGAUCCAGUUGAUAUAAUUAAUGGAUAACAUCCUCUACAGCUGUUGUCAAGUAUUCAUUCCAGGAUCUGUUCUCUGGUAAAUCUGUCAACAUCUCAUCAAACGGCAGAACUGGGACAUACAAAAGAGCAGCAACACUUCGAGAAACAAGCUCUGGUUCAAAGGUUGGCAUCAAGCCAAGCACACAAAAUGUAUGCCUUGAAACCAAAGGACAAAUUUAUUUUUCUAGCUAUUAUCAGAGACUGCUGUUCAUCAGGUUGUAUUGAAGUAGUUCCAUUUUGAAUUGUAUAUUCUGAUUGUGAUAGAAAGAUAAUCACUGCUACAUGUCCGCAGGGCCCAAUUACAUAUAAUGUCUAAUCAGUGCCAGUAUUUCAACUUGUGGAAUGCACUAUUUACUGGAGUCAGAGACCAAAUCACUGGCAGUUCUGGUCCACCCAGCGAUUCCAGCUUAAGCCAUUUUAACAGUGCAGCCUUUAUUCCAGAUGUUGGCGUUAAAGGGCUUACCGGAGCUCCAGUUGGUGGAAUAGCGAAGAACAGGGGAAAAGGCAGGUGUUGGGUGUGCAGCAAAGUUCAGUGCAGAGGAUUUAGUUUGUCCUGUUGUGAAGAGGGGGGGCAGGGUGGCUAAGUAAGGCGGUGUGGGUAGUUUGGCUGAGCCCAAUAAGAGGGUGAAUGUAAGGAAUGGAGCUAGAUUAACUGAGCACAUUUGAGGGAGAGGUUUGGGAUGACUGAUUGUAUUGGGGGGGGUUGUAAAUGGGAGAACAUAAUCAAGGGAUGGUAUUGGGGAGGUAAGAUUUGGUCUGACUAAAUAAAAUAUGAAGAGAUGGGGUGGCUGGGAACAGAGAUAAGAGGUAACUAGGUUGGGGGGGGGGGGGAAUGAAGGAGCCGAGAGGGAUGGGUUAGUAGUGUGCUUAGGUUUGGGGUGGGCAGUGGUGAUGGUUCAGGUGCAACGCAGCACAAUUUAAGUUUGUUUGGGACAUUUGGUAAAUAUAACUUGAACUUGAAGUUGACAGCACAAAAUGAACCAGAAGUGACACCCUGUUCAGGACGGUGGUGAAUGUUGGUAGCUCGGGUUGACGCGUUUGAUGUUGAGGUGUUUGAUAAACUUGGCAAUUAGCGUGCAGAUGUUUAAACACCAGUUGAGGUGAUGUCCUCAGUGCAUUUAUAUAGCCCCCCCCCCCCCCCCGUUUGCCUGCCCAGUACUGAUUGGCUACCCCUCAGUUGACCUUUGAAUUCUAUAGGUGUUCGUAGAUGGUGUCUUUUUUGAUAUGUUUGUUUACGGAUUCGAAAGUCAACUGAAGAGGAGCCAAACCAUACUGAGGCAAGCAAACGGGUAGGGGGAUUGGCAGGGGCUAUAUAACUACAAGGACUCCCAAAGAGAAACACCAACAACUGCAUACUCAGCACUCCACCUGGACUGGAAUUCCCAAGCUCGGCGAACACCACAUCAAAUGACACCCUGCGUUGAAAUCAAGCUUAUGCUUGGGGGUCGGAUCAGGAGAUCAGCCGUCAGCUUCUAAUUCACAGAGGGAAUCGGGCCCAAGCUCGGAGUGUUUCAGGACUCAGUAAACACCCGUAAUUUUUGUUCACAGUCGUUCUGCAUUCCUGAAACAGGGAGACUCAAUAUCACUAAGGGAAGAUGGUCAUAGGGAAGUAUGUUGGUGUCGAAUGAUUUGCUGCUCUUACUGAUUUGCUUUCAAGAAUAUUAACUAAGUGAUUAAUUUAUGCACUUUUUUUUCCAAAAUAACUUGUUUACAUAUGUUUCAGCACACAAGGAGGAAAGCAACUUGUUGUGCUGUGGGGUAUUUGGAGAUUCUGGUGAGUUGCUCUAAUGCUGGGAUAUUGAUUAUGUUUUUUAAUGCUUGUUUUUCAGAAGCUUUUAUAUUUGUUGAAAGAUGUAUAGUCAAUUAAUUCUAAUAUUGCCAUGCCUGUUCAGUAUGUCAAUUCAAAAGUUUGAAGCGUUCUUCCCGUGCAACACCAGGGAAUACAUCAAGUAAAGGCUUUAGCUAAGAUCUGUAAACCAUAAGUCUGUAUACGUAGUUGUGGAAAGCCCACCCGGUAAGAUCAUGUGUCAGUCAAUGGUCUCCUGUCCAUCUCAGUUUUUGGACCAGAUCUCAAGAGGGAAGCAAGAUGGAAUCAGUACACUGGUGUGAUAUCUGGAUCCACUAGCUGCAGAUAUCACAGAAUCCAGAACAGAGAAGCUCCAUUCUAUAAAGUGCCUUCUCAAAAAUGGAUUGAGAAGCUGCAGCCAGGCUGACGUGAUGAUGAGUUCAGUUUGAGAAACGAUCAUAUGUAGAAGCCCCAACAUAUGGGAUUUCCUCCUAUGAAAAGAUUCCUUGCUGGAAAAAAGUCCAUACUUUGUAAACAAACAAAUGCUAGCAGGGUUGCACUGUAUAUGUGAAUAUGACUGGGAUUCACUACAAGCAUUGACAGAAGCCUUGAGACUCACUACAAACAUAAAUUGAGGAAUUUGCUAAAGAUGACACAAUAGGAACUAGCCACACAAAUGAAACAGCUGAAGUUGCACCAUCUUGCAUGUGGGUGGCAACAUUGGACAAACUCCACAGUACACGACUGGGAAUGGGUUAAAUGUGGCAGAUGGAUCUAACGUACAGCACAGAGAACAUCUCUGCACACUUAGACAAUGGAUAAAUACCCUGAAGAAUAAACAGCCAAUGCAUAGAUGAGUAGCAAUAUUGUAGGAUUUUGAGAGUUUGAGGGGCUUUAAUUGCAAUUAUGCUACUGUCAUGUGUAUCUAAUGAAGUUGCUGAAACCGAGUUGUUUGUAAAAGCUUGUUUUGUUUGGUGCUCCAGUUACUUGUGGCAUUUCUGCUGUACUCUGGUUGUACAGUAGUACUUGGUGUCUCUGAUUCCUAGCCCACAUGGUGGCAUCCUUGUACUAGCCAACCACAGGAGCCAAUUUUGAUACCGUGUAUGUAACAGAGGCAUGGUAUAAUUAAUAAAAUUAUACACAUAA